AUUUCUGAUCCAAAGCUUUAGUUAGUAUAGUCUCCUUGAAUUCUCAUCUGGGUUCAAUCCUCUUUCAUGUUUUGACUGAAUCAGUUUCAAGUAGUGGUGUGUAUCUGAUAAAAAAUCCAACCUUUCUUCCUGUUUCUUUGUUAUAAUACUUGGAUUUGGAGAAUCUAGAAACAUGGGUGGUUGUCUAACUAAAGGAAAAGAUUCAGAGCCAGAACACAAUGGUUACAGACAUGCUGGUUCUGCUGGUGUUCAUAACCAGAAGACUCAUGAACCCUUGGUCAACCAAUCAAGAGGACAAGCUUAUCAACCUUACCAAUUACCUGAAAAACAUGCUGCAUCUACUCAAACAGUGCCUCAGGUACCAUGGAAGCCUUCUGUUCCUGCCCCAAGUCCAAGACCUGUUGUUAAGCAAGAUACAAUUCUUGGGAAGCCAUUUGAGGAUGUGAAAUUGUUCUAUACACUUGGGAAAGAAUUGGGUAGAGGGCAAUUUGGGGUAACACAUCUAUGCAUUGAGAAUUCAACCGGGUUGCAAUAUGCUUGCAAGUCCAUUUCAAAGAGGAAACUUGUUAGCAAAUCUGAUAAGGAGGAUAUAAAGAGGGAGAUUCAGAUUAUGCAACAUUUGAGUGGUCAACCCAACAUUGUUGAGUUCAAAGGUGCUUAUGAGGAUAAGAAUUCUGUUCAUGUUGUGAUGGAGCUAUGUGCUGGUGGUGAACUUUUUGAUAGGAUUAUUGCCAAGGGUCAUUACAGCGAAAGGGCUGCUGCUUCAAUAUGCAGACAAAUUGUCAAUGUUGUUCAUAUCUGCCAUUUCAUGGGUGUGAUGCAUAGGGAUCUGAAGCCAGAGAAUUUCUUGUUAUCUAGUAAGGAUGAAAAUGCACUUCUCAAGGCAACAGAUUUUGGCUUGUCCGUUUUCAUUCAAGAAGGAAAGGUGUAUCGUGAUAUAGUUGGAAGUGCUUAUUAUGUUGCUCCAGAAGUUCUACACCGCAGAUGUGGAAAGGAAAUAGAUAUAUGGAGUGCAGGAGUUAUAUUGUAUAUCUUACUUAGUGGUGUCCCUCCAUUUUGGGCUGAGACCGAAAAGGGAAUAUUUGAUGCCAUAUUGGAUGGUCAUAUUGAUUUUGAAAGUCAACCAUGGCCUAAAAUAUCAAACAAUGCCAAGGACCUUGUUCGUAAGAUGCUUAUACAGGAUCCAAAGAAACGCAUUACUUCAGCUCAGGUUCUAGAGCACCCGUGGAUUAAAGAUGGAAAUGCUUCUGACAAGCCAAUAGACAGUGCAGUCCUUUCCAGAAUGAAGCAAUUCAGAGCUAUGAAUAAACUAAAGAAACUUGCCUUGAAGGUCAUUGCUGAGAAUAUGUCUGCAGAAGAGAUCCAAGGUUUGAAGGCAAUGUUUACAAAUAUGGACACUGACAAAAGUGGUACAAUCACCUAUGAAGAACUAAAGGCAGGAUUGCAAAGACUUGGCUCAAAGCUUACAGAGGCUGAAGUGAAACAGCUUAUGGAAGCUGCUGAUGUAGAUGGAAAUGGCUCAAUUGACUACAUAGAAUUCAUCACUGCUACAAUGCAUAGGCACAAGUUGGAAAAAGAUGACCAGCUUUUCAAGGCCUUCCAAUAUUUUGAUAAAGACAAUAGUGGGUUUAUUACAAGAGAUGAACUGGAAACAGCCAUGAAAGAAUAUGGUAUGGGUGAUGAAGCCACAAUCAAGGAAAUCAUAUCUGAAGUUGAUACAAUUAUAUCUGAAGUGGAUACAGAUAAUGAUGGUAGAAUCAACUAUGAUGAAUUCUGUGCAAUGAUGAGGAGUGGAAACCAACAACAAGGAAAGCUAUUCUAAAUCACACCAUCUAACCAGACUAAGUGUCUGGUAUCAAAGAUCACCCUGGUGAAAAGGUUUAUAAAUAUGAGAAGUACUGCAGAAAGUUUUUUUAUCACUCAUAGGCAUGUAAAGCUUGACUUUUAGUCAACUCUCUUUCUUUCAUUUUUGGUUUCUUUUUCUUUUCACUGACAUUCUGUUUCUGAGUCCUCUUUAAAUUUGUUUUGGACACUUGAGGAGUAUAAACUCCCAUAGCA